CGCCGCUGCUGCUGCCGCCGCCGCCGCCGCUGUUGCCGCUGGUGCCGCUGCCGCCGCCGCUGCUCAUGAUCAUUAUUUUACCUUUUAAUUCUUUUUUUUUCCGCUCUUGCCAAAUGCUUUGGCUCCAAGUUUCCUAUGUGUAUCUAUUGUUAUAAAUGUAUAUAUUUAUUUAUUCUAGCUGUCAGGUGUUAAAAUAAAUGCCGAAGAUUAGUCCCACGUCUCUCCCAUUCUAGGAUAUAGAUUUUUAUAUAUUUAUUAUUUUAUUCUUGCUGUCUUGGAGUGAAUCGGCCGGUUUGGGGAGGCUUUUGCCACCCUCCCUUGUGUUGUUUUGGUUUUGGAAAAGGAGGUGGAGGAGAGGAAGGAGGGGAAUUAGGGGGCGGCCGGAGCAGAGAGGACGAGACAGUGUUUGGGGGGUGAUUCGGGAAAGUCUGGGGGCUGUCUGGCCCCAGACGGCGGAGAGGACGCGCGCUCGCGCUCUCGCUCUUUCUGCUGCUGCUUGCCUACGGCUUGUGAUCUCGCUGGAUUCGCGCGGCUGUGUUUUCUCCCUUUUUCUCUCGCUUGCAAACUGCCUUCCUUGCUCCCUCGCUCCUGCCUCCCCUUCCCUCCCUCCCUCCUCCUUUCCCUCGCCUCUCCUUCCUUCCCCUCUCCUGUCCUUCUUGGUAACUCCGGCAGGCGAGGAGGGAGGCUGCCCGCUCGCUCGCCCCGCUGGCUCCCUUCCACCGGCCUCGGUCCUCUAGAUUCCCUGCCUCCGAGGCGAGAUUUGGGAGGAAAAAUGCACGCGAACUCCUCGGGUUUUUUUUUCUUCUUUUCAUAAACCCAGAUGAAGUAUCGUUUCUACUAUUUCUUUUCAGAGCCGUGAUCUUCUUAAGGAGAUCCGAGUGUUUCGGUGUCCCCUUCUCCUGUGUUUUGGGGGAGGUUUAGCUUGCCUGGGGGCGGGGAUGUUGAAUACUUUGAAAAUUAUUCUUUCUUGGUUGCAGUCGAGGGAGUCGGGAACCCCCGCGCGCUCCCUCUCCCCAUCCUCCGGAGAGAGGCUGAUGGCGGGACAGGGAUUUGGGGGGUGGGUGGGGAAGGGGUGCGCGUUUGCACCUGCGGUGCCGUUCAGCAUGCAGGGACUCCGGAAACCUUAACAGGACAGCCCAGCCGAGCGGGAAGGUGGCGGGAGUUCUGGCGGUCGCGGUGUUUGUAUUUUGGACGCUGCGUGACUCGGUGUUAGCUCCCAAUGGCUGUUCCCCUCUUUCCUAAAUUUUAUUUUUCCCAUGGUGCAAGCUUUGUAAAAAGAUAACUGCGGGCCGGAGAGUAGCCGACGUCAGCCUUCAGAUUCCCGAGGUAGUUGCGCUGGGUGAGGGGAAAAACAAACAGCCCCAGCCCGCGUUCCUAUGUGCAAGACCCGGGAGGAGAGAAGGGCAAUUUGUGACCCUGGCUGGGGGACCUGGCGCGGGAGGAGGGGGCGCGGGCGCGAAGGGGAGAUCUUUGUGAGUGAUUUUGCAAAAAUGUAUUGCGAGGUUGGUUGGAUUUGCAACCUGUGGCUCUCCUCGAGGGAGUAGGAAUGGGGGAAGGCGGCGGCGGCGGCGGCCCGGGGCGGGAGCGGGUAGGGAGUUGGAGCCUCGGAAAUGGGCUGCGCUCGGAGGCAGCGGGAGCGAGGGGCCACCCCGCUGCCGGAUGUAUUGACCGCGGUAAAUGUCUUGAGAACUGUGGAUUGCGUUGCCUUUAUGAUACCGUGUUAUUGGAACUCCGGCGAAAAAUGGAACUAGUGUUGCAAUAAUGAGUUUUAAAGCUCCCUCGUGGAAAACAAGAACACUACCCAAUAGAUAAAAAAAAGAAUGAAAAAGACCCCUUUUAUGUUGUGCCCCCUUUCUCGCAAUGGUUGAGUUGGUGGUGGGGGUCCUGACAGCUGAGCCGGGGAAAUGACCCCAAACAGGGUGCUGAAAGUCCAGAGCUGUGACUGGGUCCCUGACCCGCCUCAGAGAGCUGGUCAUCUCCCCCAGGAAACUGAUUUAAUCGUUUAUGGAUUUUUUUUUCCAAUCAGUUUAUAGUUUCCAGGAGGAAAAUCUUGUAAUGCUUUACUCUCUCUCUCUCUCUCUCUGUUUUUUUAAGUGAGUGUCAAUAGAUACAUUUUUUACUGUCCGGAAAAAAAAAAAAAAAAAAGUGGGGCAGGAGAGAAGGAACCAGGGAAAGGGCUGUUUAGAAAUACAGUUUGUGGCUCUGAGCGAUGCCACCGGCUUCCUCUACAGAGACUGCCAGUUUCCCUUUUUCUUUGCAAGGUGUGUGUGGUUUUAAUAAAUAACUUAAAAAAAUAAGAGGGGGGCCGGCAAGAUCCGUCAGGAGACAGGUAUCUAUUUUGCUCACUAUUUACUACCAAGAGCCUUUGGCACUGGAACAGAACCUCGUAAAUCUGCAGCCCAAGUUGAAGUUCAUCUGGCCCUAGUCCACACGCUAUUCCUGGAGGUAGCAAACAUGAGCUCAAAGGAACAAGGUGAAAUCACAUUCUCGCUUUAAAAUAUAUACUUUUUUUUUUUUUUAAGGAGAAAAGAUAUUUGUCUCUAGGGGAGGAGGAAAUGGAAAGAGAGCACGAGGAGAUGGGCAUUCCCUUGCUAAAAUGACUGCAUUUAAGUUUUCAGGCCAAAAUAGAAACCUGUAGAUGGGAAAUAUUCCCUCCCAUCCCCCCCCCAUUUAUAAAUAGAAGUUUCCAAUAUCCUAUUUGGAAGAUUUUCCAAUUCUACAGGCCCAAGCAUUGGCUGAUUUUAAGGGUCUGUUGAUAGUGACAAUAAGGCUAGAAGCUGUUUGUAAAAACUGGGCAACUUGAAGGAGAAGGCAGCCAGAAUAAGCAGGAAUUCUCCAACUGGACUUUUCCUCUGCUAUGUUGAAGGGUUUUACCCCGUGCUUUCUUGAAAAGACUCUCGCAUUUAUUCUGGGUUUGGUGGACUGGGAUGGGACUCUAAACUCUUAAGCUGUCGUUUGCUGACCCUUGAAGAGUUCCAGUUAUUGGUUGAGUAAAUGGUAGCCAUGACUAGAUGUCAAAAUCCUUCCUUCCCUCUCUCCCCUGCGGGGUAGCCACACUCACAACCCACUUUGUUGUGAAAAACUUAGAGAGAUUCAGAGGCGGUGGUGCGGCAGCGCCACCCCUCGGUGGGUGCAACUCUCUAGUAUUUGCAAAAGUCAAGUAUUUGAAAAAUAUUGUGAAAUGACUUUAUGAAGAGUUUUGUUUUGUUUUUUUCUUUAGGAAGAGGAGAGAAAGCUAACUUUAAAAAAAAAGGACUUUACAGUUGAUCUCUGAAAUGGGGAGGAAAAAAGUUGAUUUCCAGCGAGGAUGGUGUCAUAACAGGCAAAGCAGUUCGAAUAAGUGUGUGCGCGCGGGCGCGAGGCGGGGUUGACUGGUUGGCUUUAAGUAGGCGAGUUCUCCAGGCUGAGGUGGCCCUCCUUCCUCCUUGGACUUGACUUAGGGCAACUGAAUUCUGCUGCUUGUCUGACGUUGAGACAUGGAGGAAUGUUUUGGUGUAAAAAACCAUAGUGACUGGAAAUCCUGCUGUUUCGCUGGCGCUGAUGGUGGUGAAUGUGCGGAGCAGGUUGAGGAGGGAGGUUUGUGGAUGGCGUGGGGCAAUGGUAGGCUGGCCUAUAGCUGCGUUUGGAGCCCCCUGGGAGGCAAAGUAGAGUGGCGCGCACCGGUUUCCUGCACUGCGCAACAAGUGGGAACGCCGCCGCAGUGAUCCGAGUGAGGAUGCUGUGUUGUGGCAAAGCUGGCAGGUUUCUCUUUUCUCCACUGGAAGCCAGGAACGGCUCCUCCCAACCCUCCCCGCCUCCCAGUCUGAGACGAGCAGCCCCACCAAAGACCAUGCUCGUCCCCCUGUCCCCACCCCCAGCUUUGCCGAGCGCUGUAAGCCUGGGUGGGACCCUGCCCUUGGCCUCCAGGGCCCCUUUUCUCCGUGGGGAUCAGGAGUUUAUUCCCGACUUUCUGUGCUGGUCGACCAGCGUUUGGCAGGAAUCUCUGCUAAUACCGUCGUGUGCCAUUCUGCUUUUUGAAGACAAGUGUACUGUUUCUUUCUCUUCCCAAUACAUUCAGCCUUUCCAGCUGGAAAAAUCAAUGUAUAAUAUAUGAACGCAACUCUAGAUACCGUGUUAUGGUUACUAGAGGCGUGAGCAUCGAGAAGAACGGAAUUACAUCCAGUAAAUUAAACGUUUUUCAGCUUUGCCUAUGGAGGCAACCGCCACCCCCUAACAGAAAAAAAAAAAAAGUGGGGGGCAGUCGGAUGUGGAAGGCUGUGGCCGCGCGGUGAUUUUCGGACAGACUGAGUCUGCCACCUAGUGGCAGAUCGUGGCCGAGUUCCCCGCCUUGGGCGGUGGGCCAACCGCGUCCCUUCGGGUCCCCAAGUAUUCCGACUAGGCGCUAGAACUGACAGAGGGAGGGCACCCUCCAGUGAGGAUGACUUCCAACCUCCAAUGUUUGGGUAACAUGGAUGAAAAUUAGAAAGCCUCCGGAUGCUUGCCCUGUCCACGGUCACUCAGCGAUGGGCAUCUGCCUCCAGUAAUAGAACCACAAAAUAACCGGUUUUGAACACUAUCUCCCUGUCGCUGUAGCCUCUCCCCGGGGGAAGUCGGUGGUGGAAGGAUGCCACGGGGCUGUAGGAUAUAUAACUCUUUACAAUUGAGGAAAUAGGCGUGAUGAGGGGGUCUGUUAAUGGUGAGUUACUAACCUAACCCGGACCAGAUUUUAAGCUUCUGAAUUCCGGGUCAGUGUCUCAAAGGCGAGUUUAUCUCCGCUCCUUCGAGGUAUCUAAGAGAAAGGAGCAGCACUCAGAGAGAGCCAUGAUUUUAACCUCUUAGGUCACCGUAGUUGGAAACGGUUGCUUAGCAAUCUUGGAGGAAUUUGUUUAGAAAGUACGGCCUAAGAUUUUCAAUAACACACAUGAAAGUUCUACUGUAGUGCUGAGGGGUGGGGGUCUCAGAUCUUGGGGUGUGUGCGUUUAUUAGGGGGUGAUUAAGGCCCGGUUCCUAGACUUGUGGAGGUGCACCCCCCUGCGCCCAUGGCUCACAAUUGGAUCCUGACAUCACUCCCUUCCCUUUCCAUCCGAUCUUAGUUCGGUGGCUUGGUUAGCAACCACUUGUGUGUGGGGCUCAUAUGGAUAGGCAGAGUGUAAUUCUCUUAGAAUUUGUGCCACAACAUCUUCUCAGAAAAGUUUUCUUUCUCGGAGCUCAAAACUUAAGAUGGCAAACUGGCGUCCGCGUGCUGGCGACCCCUAGCGACCGCCGGCGCGCACACCCGCGGGGGACGCCGUCGUCUCCACCGCCCUGAUCGGCCGGAAUCGAGUUCAGCCUCUCCCACUGCGGGAGCUGUUGGAGGCCGCGUCGGAGAAACGCGCCUCUGUUCGGGUUGGAAACGAAUCUGGGGACGUGUUUGAAGAGCGGUCAAGUUUGACUCAUCCCUUUCCAAGGACAGUUAGUGCCUUCCAUCUUCAUUAACGUGAAUAAAGACCUUGGCUGACUUCUGUCCGUAUCGGAUUUUUAAAGGCAUUGUUUGCUGGGGGAGAUCAUGCCGCUCCCCUCCCCCGCCAGCCUUUUUUUGCAAAGGCCGAGCCCGGUCCAGCCAGGAUGGCCAAGAUAUCUUUGCUCGGGGACGUGGUUUGCUGGCAUUGUCUUCCGGCCUUUCUGGCAGGCUGUCGCGAGCUGGGCGCAUGAGGAACGUCCCUUCUGCAGCUCUUCUAGAGAUCUUGAUGAUAAAACACAUCCUUCUAUUUUAUUUCAUUUCCUAGAAGCUUGCAGGCUUGCAAGAACGCUGUUAGCAGGAAACGUGAUAGAAAUGAAAGUCCGGGCAUAAUGUCCCCGAGCACCUCGGUCACUCAAAGCGACUGCCGAGGCCACCGCAUUAUCAAAUUCGCUUUCAUCUCCUGUCGUUUCCUCACCCUCUCGCCUCCCAGCCAAGAGCGCUGAGUGUUUCGCCCCUAGAACAAAAACGACUCCGCAGGUGGACCCCACCCCCUACUGCCGGACCACUGUGGCCAGACCUGAACAGCUCGUUAGUUGAGACGCUGCGGAGAAAGGGAGCGCUCCGGCAGAAGCCCUGAUGCGGGUUUCACUGCAGCAGCUCCAGCCUUAUUAAAAUUCCUCGUCCUUGCCCCUAAACAGUGCUUUGCACUUCCACAUUCUCCUUUGGAUUUCUCAGCGAGUUAUUGGAGUUAUUAGAUUACCAAUAAUCCAAAGGCCGGCCGGGAUAGAGAAGAGGGGGGGAAGGGCGGAAGGUGUUCUCCAAAUCUGGAGACUGUGUCUAAAGUAGGUCAAUGGGAAGGAGGGGCGGGGCGACAAGGGGGUUGUUGGUUUCAAGCCUUGAUGGAGGGCUCUCUCUAGUGUUAGGCAGCGGUAAGACAUGAUUAGGUUUGAGCUCCCGGAACCGUGGGACUCCUAAUUUCCAAUAAGUGGAUUUACUUUAUUUUAACUUCCCUUUCUAGAUUCUCACCCCUUCCCAUAUUGUUUCAGCCUCGGCUUUCACCUUUAUCCCACGGGGCGAAGGGAUGAGAAAGCCUCAAAGAAGGAUUUUAUGAGGCGGAAGAGGCCCAGUCUUUAUGGACCGACGCUGACCCCGCCUCCGUCACUAAUAGGAUGCGCGGCGCAGUGACGCCACCCGCCAGUUUCAGGACUGGACUGCGGCCUUAGAGGCUGCGUGUUUCUCGCCCCUCAACCGCUACCCUCGGCCCCCGAAAGCGCCUCUGGGAGCCCAUACUGAAACCCCUUAGUAGAUGGCGCCCCGGAGUUAUAAUUCCAAGGAAGGCCACGGGAAGGCGAGGCACCCUUGGAGCGCGCCCGUGCGCGCCCUGGCGUCUGCCUCCCGGCCUCUGCCAAAUCCUAACCAUGUCUCUACCGUUUCGGAGAAAUGAGAUUCAGAACUCCCGAAACCUGGCCAGGUUCGUCCUGGCAGCUCCUAUGCUCAAGUCUUUGGGCGGAAAUAGAGCCGAGCUGGGUUCCCCUUCUUGCCAACGUAGGCGGAAGGGACUUUCGGUUUAGUUUUUCUCUCACCCGGCUGGGGCGCGCUGGAUGGAGACCCUCAGCCCUAGGGACUCCAUCUUUUUGACCUUGACGCCUCGCCUAAUCACACCUUUAAAAAAAGAGGGAAGGGGGCCAAACAAAAAGAGAGAAAAAGAGAAAAGAAGAAACGAUGCACCAGGCAAAAAAGGCCAGAAUUGGGCAAAUUGAAGUCUUGAAAUGAGCCUCGGAUUGGACCCGAAAUCCUGGGUUCUAGGCCGGCUCUCCUACUAAUUUGUCUGCCUUUUCUCGUUUAUAAAAUUGUUGUGGGGGAAGGGUUGGAUUAAGUGAACUGUAAGAGUCCUGGACCUGGCGCGGACGAGGUAUUUAGGGGAAAGUAUGCCGUGUUCCCGGCGAGCCUCCUCGGGCAGCCCCCCUCCUCGGGUGAAUCCCCGGAGGCCCGCGCGGCGCAAGCAGCGAUCCUGGCGGCUGUCGGGGCCGGCAGCUUCCUGGAAAGUUACUUCUCGUUGGAGCCGGCGAUAGGCAGAGAGUGUUCUGUGAAAUCCGCUGAGCUGAGAUCGACUACGUUCCGGGAAUGAGAGGGCUGUGCCAUUCCCCUCACUGCCCCCUGCUUUGACGGCGUAACAGGAAAAAGAAAGGCACACACAAUGUUAGCUACCGAGGUGCACAAAAAGUUUUACUCGAAUGUAACCAAAUUAAGGGCAGCCGCGGUCAUACCACGGGGCCUCCGUCGCGCCUGCAGGGGCUUCGAGUGCCCGCAGAGCACCCGGGGGUGGGCGGUCUCUGGCAGACAGGUAUGAUAUGGUGGGGGUGGGCGAAGCUGCGCGGGUUUGCCCCGGGGGCCGCAGGACUCAGGUUGUGCCCACGUGUGUGAGCGAGAGAGUGGGGCUGCCUAGCGCCCGCCGAUUGGAGGAGGGAGGGAAAAGAUGGGGUCUUCGUAUUGGCUCGCUCUCGCUCUUAACCUCGCCUCUCGCUCUUCUGUCACCUCCUGUCUUGUCUCUCUCCCUCUCGUUUCUGCUGUCUUCUUUCUCUUUGCCUUUUUUUUUUUUUUAGGGGAAUGUCCCUCUUUUUUCUUCUCUAAAUCCUUUAAAAGAUCUGCCUUCUUCUCAAGGUGCUUAAUUGAAAAUACACAGGGAAAGCACCAGAGGAGAGAAAGUGUGUGGGGUGGAGAAGACAAAGUUUGACUCUCACUUGGUGGUUACUGCGGGUGGGGUUGGGGUCGGGGGAGUCCGGUUUGGGCCGUUGAGUUGUCAGUUUCUCCUUGACAGCUCUGCUCUUUUGGUUGUUUUUGUGGAAUGAGUCUUGUGUGUGGCAUUGGUAGGAUGGCCGAAGCUAGUAGACAGGGUUUUGAGAUCCUGGGCAAGGCUUACUGGCUGAAACCUCAGUGUCCUCCCCAGUAAAUCAGGGCUGAGGAUCAGAUGCAAUGAUGGAUGGGAAAGACCUGAGUGGUCUGUAAAAAACAAACCAAAUGCUAGUGGUGCUUCCAAACCUGCAGCAUCUAGAGGGAGGCACCAUUGCCCACACCCACCAUAACUCACAUAGUCACUAGUUAUGGGACCUCCUAAGACAGAGCUAGCCAAGGAAGGAGUGGACCUAAUAAGGACGUGGGCCUUAGUGUAUGUGCAUUUGUUUUUGGCCAAGCCAGGCAGAGUUUUAGGGUGAUAAGUGCCUAGCCCGGGCCGGACUGACGGUGGACCCAGGGGAAUUGUUUUGUUUGUUUGUUUCAUUCCUUAUCUGGAGUGAGUCAUUGCCACUUGUCAAGGUGAAAUGGCAAAUCUGGGCUUCCUGUGGUUCCAAAAGUCAGUGACUAGAAAUCCACAAGCGAGCUAGUGGCUGAAGCUGGUUAAAGGACUGCCUUAGGUAUUCCAGAAGUGUUUAGAGAUCUCUUCCAUGGGGAAAGAGGAGAAGGUUUAUAAAUAAACUUCACAUGUGUCUUCAGCAUUCUUUUACAGAGGAGAUAAUCGUCGAACUUUGGUUAGGACCAAUUUAGUGUAUCUCUCUGCCCAUCUUGAGUUAGGAUGGGGAGAGGAGGAAAUAGGUUCUUUUGUCUUUUUCUGUCCUCUCCCUUUCCCCAUUUCCUUCCCCCCGUCCCCACUCACUCACAUGCACACACUAACCUUGAAGCUGAUGAAAUUGAGUGACUGGCACUUGGGACCACAGAGAAAUGUCAGAGUGUUUGGUUACAGACUCAAGGAAACCUCUCAUUUUAGAGUGCUCAUUUGGUUUUAAGCAAAACUUUGGACUGUGAAUCAAGGCAUAGGGUGAAGACAAAAUGACCUCGCUGGCUGACAGCUGUAUCCAGUUCACCCGCCAUGCCAGUGACGUUCUUCUCAACCUUAAUCGCCUCCGGAGCCGUGACAUCUUGACUGAUGUUGUCAUAGUGGUGAGCCGUGAGCAGUUUAGAGCCCAUAAGACGGUUCUCAUGGCCUGCAGUGGCCUGUUCUACAGCAUCUUCACAGACCAGUUGAAAUGCAACCUUAGCGUGAUCAAUCUGGAUCCUGAGAUCAACCCCGAGGGGUUCUGCAUCCUCCUGGACUUCAUGUACACGUCACGGCUCAAUCUGCGGGAGGGCAACAUCAUGGCCGUGAUGGCCACAGCCAUGUACCUGCAGAUGGAGCAUGUUGUGGACACUUGCCGGAAGUUUAUCAAGGGCAGUGAAGCAGAGAUGGUUCCUGCCAUCAAACCUCCCCGUGAAGAGUUCCUGAACAGCCGGAUGCUGAUGCCCCAAGACAUCAUGGCCUAUCGGGGUCGUGAGGUGAUGGAGAACAGCCUGCCGCUGAGGAACGCCCCCGGGUGUGAGAGCAGAGCCUUUCCCCCCAGCCUGUACAGCGGCCUGUCCACACCGCCAGCCUCUUAUCCCGUGUACAGCCACCUCCCGGUCAGCAGUUUCCUCUUCUCCGAUGAGGAGUUGCGCGAUGUCCGGAUGCCUGUGGCCAAUCCCUUCCCUAAGGAGCGGGCCCACCCCUGCGAUAGUGCCAGGCCAGUCCCUGGUGAGUACAGCCGGCCUGCCAUGGAGCUGUCCCACAGUGUAUGCCACAGCAACAUCUACUCGCCCAAAGAGGCAGCCCCAGAAGAGGCACGGAGUGACAUGCACUACAGCGUGGCCGAGGGCCCCAAGCCUGCUGCCCCCUUGGCCCGGAACGCCCCAUAUUUCCCCUGUGACAAGGCUGGCAAGGAGGAAGAGAGGCCUUCUUCAGAGGAUGAGAUUGCCCUGCAUUUCGAGCCCCCCAGUGCACCCCUGAACCGGAAGGGUCUGGUUAGUCCACAGAGCCCCCAGAAGUCCGACUGCCAGCCUAACUCGCCCACGGAGUCCUGCAGCAGCAAGAAUGCCUGCAUCCUCCAGACCUCUGGCUCCCCUCCAGCCAAGAGCCCCACUGACCCCAAAGCCUGCAACUGGAAGAAAUACAAGUUCAUCGUGCUCAACAGCCUCAACCAGAAUGCCAAACCAGAGGGGCCCGAGCAGGCUGAGCUGGGCCGCCUUUCCCCUCGAGCCUACACUGCACCACCGGCCUGCCAGCCGCCCAUGGAGCCCGAGAACCUUGACCUCCAGUCCCCAACUAAGCUCAGUGCCAACGGGGAGGACUCUACCAUCCCACAGGCCAGCCGGCUCAAUAACAUUGUCAACAGGUCCCUGACAGGCUCCCCCCGCAGCAGCAGCGAGAGCCACUCGCCACUCUACCUGCACCCCCCCAAGUGCACGUCCUGCGGCUCUCAGUCCCCGCAGCACGCGGAGAUGUGCCUCCACACCGCCGGCCCCACGUUCCCCGAGGAGAUGGGGGAGACCCAGUCUGAGUACUCGGAUUCUAGCUGUGAGAAUGGGGCCUUCUUCUGCAAUGAGUGUGAUUGCCGCUUCUCUGAGGAGGCCUCGCUCAAGAGGCACACGCUGCAGACCCACAGUGACAAACCCUACAAGUGCGAUCGAUGCCAGGCCUCCUUCCGCUACAAAGGCAACCUCGCCAGCCACAAGACCGUCCACACGGGUGAGAAACCCUAUCGUUGUAAUAUCUGUGGGGCCCAGUUCAACCGGCCAGCCAAUCUGAAAACCCAUACUCGAAUUCACUCUGGAGAGAAGCCCUACAAAUGCGAAACCUGCGGAGCCAGAUUUGUACAGGUGGCCCACCUCCGUGCCCACGUGCUCAUCCACACUGGCGAGAAGCCCUAUCCCUGUGAAAUCUGUGGCACCCGUUUCCGGCACCUUCAGACUCUGAAGAGCCACCUGCGAAUCCACACGGGAGAGAAACCUUACCAUUGCGAGAAGUGUAACCUGCAUUUCCGUCACAAAAGCCAGCUGCGUCUUCACUUGCGCCAGAAGCACGGCGCCAUCACCAACACCAAGGUGCAAUACCGCGUGUCCGCCACUGACCUGCCCCCGGAGCUCCCCAAAGCCUGCUGAAGCAUGGAGUGUUGAUGCUUUCCAUUCGAGCCCCUUCUCGGAAUCUACCCAAAGGAUACUGUAACACUUUACGAUGUUCAUCCCACGAUGUAGUGCCUCUUUCAUCCACUAGUGCAAAUCAUAGCUGGGGGUGGGGUGGGGGGAGGGGCGUGGGGACCGGGAGCCGAGGCAGCUCCCCUUCCCCCACUGCCAUAAAACUUUAAGAAAAUAAUAUUGCUUCUUCUCCUAUGUGUAAGGCGAACCAUGUCAGCAAAAAGCAAAAUCAUUUUCUAUAUCGAAGUGGGGGAGUAGGCAAAAGUUCUGACUUGACUUAGUCUGCAAAAUGAGGAAUGUAUAUGUUUUGUGGGAACAGAUGUUUCUUUUGUAUGUAAAUGUGCAUUCUUUUAAAAGAAGAGACUUAACGGUAUGUUAUCAAAGAGAGGGCUUUAAUUUUUUUAACCAAAGUUGAAGGAAUAUAUGGCAGAGUUGUAAAUAUAUAAAUAUAUAUAUAUAAUAAAUAUAUAUAAACCUAAAAAAGAUAUAUUAAAAAUAUAAAACUGCGUUAAAGGCUCGAUUUUGUAUCUGCAGGCAGACACGGAUCUGAGAAUCUUUAUUGAGAAAGAGCACUUAAGAGAAUAUUUUAAGUAUUGCAUCUGUAUAAGUAAGAAAAUAUUUUGUCUAAAAUGCCUCAGUGUAUUUGUAUUUUUUUGCAAGUGAAGGUUUACAAUUUACAAAGUGUGUAUUAAAAAAAAAAGAACAAAAAAAAACUGCAGAAGGAAAAACGUGUAGUUUUGUUUUAGUUUUUGGUUUGUAUAUACCUGUACAACGUGUCCUACGGUGCCUUUUUUCAUGGAAGUUUUCAACGAUGGACGAGCGCGCCAUCCUUUUUUGAAGUGUAGGCAGACACAGGGACUUGAAGUUGUCACUAACUAAGCUCUCUUUGGGAAUGUUUGUCUCAUCACAUUCUGCGUCAUGCUUGUGUUAUAACUACUACGGAGACAGGGUUUGGCUGUGUCUAAACUGCAUUACCGCGUUGUAAAAUAUAGCUGUAUAAAUACAAGAAUAAAAUGUUGAAAAGUCAAA